AAAAUGCUUUUUGUUCAUCAAGCCACAACACUAAUGAUGUCCACUCCAAUCUUAGCAUCAUCAUCUCAAAAUGGAAAAACACAUAAAAUUGUUCGGCCAACUAAAACUUUUCAGCCACAUAUUUGGGGAGAGCGACUCGUACGUUACACUAUUUCAGAACAGGAAUUGUGUAAUAAAGAAGAACGAGUUCAAGAAUUAAAAGCAGAAGUAGGAAAAGACAUAUUUGGAGAAUCAACAUAUGAUGUUUCGAAUCAAUUGAAGUUAAUUGAUGUCGUGGGAUGUUUGGGAUUGUCUUAUCAUUUUGAAAGUGAAAUAGAAAACGAGCUAGAAUGCAUUUACAACCAAAGCAUUGAUCAGAAUUACCUUUUCAAAGAUGAAGAUUUACAUGACGCUUCUAUUCGGUUUAGACUUCUACGUCAACAUGGAUUUAAGGUUUCUUCUGAUAUAUUUGAAAAGUUCAAAGAUAAGGAUGGAAACUUUGAAAAAUGCUUGGCAACUGACACACUUGGUUUGCUUAGCUUAUACGAGGCUGCACAUUUGAGUUGUGUUGGAGAACAUAUACUAGAUGAAGCGCUUGCUUUCGCUACCAGACAUCUAACUGAGUUUUUGGCAAAUAAAAAAGAACAUGAUGAUCUGUUAUCAAAAGAAAUAUCUCGAGCCCUAGAAAGGCCCUUAAGAAAGAGCUUAGAAAAGCUUCAUGCCAGGCAUUUCAUUUCAAUAUAUGAAAAAGAGGCCUCUCAUAACAAAGCAUUGCUACAACUUGCAAAGUUAGAUUUCAAUCUAUUACAAUCAAUGCACAAAAAAGAGCUUAGUGAAAUCGUCAGGUGGUGGAAAGAACUAGACUUUGUACACAAAUUCCCUUUUGCAAGAGAUCGGAUUGUAGAACUAUACCUUUGGGUAUUAGGAAUCAAUUACGAACCCCAAUACCCUUUGGCAAGAAAUAUUUUAACCAAAAUCCUAGCACUCUGCUCAAUCGCUGAUGAUAUUUAUGAUGAGUAUGGCACAUUUGAAGAACUUGAGCUCCUAUCUGAAGCAAUUGAAAGGUGGGACAUAAGCUUUAUGGAUAAACUCAAUCAAGAAUAUUUGAAAACAUUUUACAAGGUUCUUUUGAAUUUUUGUGAAGAAUUUGAGCAAGAGCUUACGAAGGAAGAAACUUAUAGAGUUUACUAUGCAAAAGAAGCGUUCAAAGAAUUAGUCCGAGCGUUUUUGGACGAAGCUCGGUGGUUGAAGGAAGGACGCGUCCCAAGUUUCGAAGAGUAUUUGAAAUUUUCUAUGAAUAAUUAUGGUGGUUACUUCAAGUUGAUAGUGAGCUCUUUGGUCGGAACGAAAACAAAUAUUGUGACAAAAGAAGUUUUCGAGUGGCUCUCAAAAAACCCGAAGAUUGUUAGGGCAUCCAUCACUAUUUCCAGGCUCAUGGAUGACAUAGCUGAACACAAGUUUGAGCAAGUGAAAUGCGAUGAACUAUCUGCAGUGGAAUGCUACAUGAAGCAAUAUGGUGUAUCCAAAGAAGAAGCAUAUGACGAACUCAAUAAACGAGUAGUUAAUGCAUGGAAAGAAAUAAACGAAGAGUUUCUGAAGCCAACUGAUGUAGCUUCACCUAUAUUAGUCCAUGUCCUUAAUUUUUCGAGAGUAGUGGAUCUUCUCUACAAAUAUGGUGAUGGCUAUACACAAGUUGGAAAAGUGACCAAAGAUACGGUUGCUGCUUUGCUUAUUGAUCCGAUUCCAUGAUAAAUCUAUCAUUUAUAUAUACAUAUAUGUAUAUAUAUAUAACUUAUAUAACAAGACUCUAUUAAUUACUUAUGCUUGUUAAAUUUAAUAAAUAAAUUAAGUAUUUAGUAUCUCAUCAACGUUUUUAUUGUCCUAUGUGUACGUAAGUGGGAAGAGAUAUGUCGGCUCUUUCAAUAUAUAAUUAAUUAAGGGUA